AUGUCCGUAGACGAAGAACACACUACCACCACCUUACAAGGCGCUGCUGUCGCCGUGCCAGCUCUUAGCGCAGCCGGUUUGCCGAUAGCAGUGGACGGGAGCGGCAAGGCAGACUCCAAGGCAGACCAGUUCCGACUUAAAGCGGGAUUGGCGCGUAUGUUGAAGGGGGGCGUGAUCAUGGACGUGGUUAACGCGAAGCAGGCGAAGAUUGCGGAACGCGCGGGUGCCUGUGCUGUCAUGGCAUUGGAGCGUGUGCCGGCGGACAUCCGAGCUGAAGGAGGAGUGGCGAGGAUGAGUGAUCCAAAGUUGAUUCGGGAGAUCAUGGACGCAGUUUCGAUUCCAGUCAUGGCCAAAUGUCGCAUAGGUCAUUUUGUGGAGGCGCAAAUUUUGCAGGAGAUGGGGGUGGACUUUAUUGACGAAUCUGAAGUCCUAACGCCAGCCGACCGGGACCAACAGAUCUACAAAACGCCCUUCAAAACACCCUUCGUCUGCGGUGCUAAAGAUCUAGGUGAGGCACUGCGCCGUAUCGGUGAAGGCGCUGCCAUGAUCCGUUCCAAGGGCGAGGCCGGGACCGGGGACGUCACGGAGGCAGUGCGGCAUAUCCGCGUACUCCACUCUCAAAUUAAACGCGCCGCUGCCAUGUCUGAGGAAGAACUCUUUGCCUACGCAAAAGAACUGCGCGCACCCUACGACUUACUCAAACAGACCGCUGAACUCGGCAGACUCCCCGUCGUCUGCUUCGCCGCCGGUGGCGUUGCCACCCCAGCCGACGCCGCGCUCUGCAUGCAACUCGGCGUCGAAGGAGUCUUCGUCGGCUCCGGCAUUUUCCUCGGCGCCUUUCCCGAACGGCGCGCCAAAGCAAUCGUCCAGGCUGUUACGCAUUACAAGGAUCCCAAGGUCCUGGCCGAAGUCAGCACCGACCUGGGGCCUGCUAUGGUCGGCCGGACCGUCGAAAGCCUCCAACAAUGCGAACAAAUGGCGCGCCGCGAAUAA